AUGUGUGAAAAAUUUUCACUUUAUUGCCAAUAUACUGAUCGUUGUUAAACAAAAUAAUGUUCAGAAUUAUAUACAGAAUAAGUUUGUAGAUAUUAUAAUUGUGAAUGGAAUAAAAAUACUAAAGAAUGUAAUGAUAAGUUAAAAUGUGAUACCUAUUAAACCUAAGAAGAUUGUAAUUUAAGUUCUUAUGAUAACAUUUAAUGCAGUUGGUUGGAAAAUGAUGAUGAUGAGAGCUUUUGUACUCAACUAGGUUGUUAAUUUCUAGAUAAAUAUUAAUCAUGUAGGAAUUAGUUUAUUAAUAACAAUAUUUGUGUAAAACUUAAAGAUGAAUCAUGUGUUUAAUGUGAGGAAAUUAAAGAGUUAUGUUUAUGCAUAGAUCAAGAAUACUGCAAAUUCAAUCCAUAAUUAAAUUAAUGCUAAUCUAUCAAUUGCAAUAAUUUUAUUAAUGAAAAUUAAUGUCUAAAAUAUCAUUUUUGUGAAUACAAUUAAGAAAAUCAGGUAAAAGUGAAAUAUUAUUUAGGCUUGUCAUUUUCAUUGUGCUAAUCAUAAAAAUGAUAUUGAUUGCGAUCAACAUUCUUUAUACUGUUAUUGGAAUUAUGAACUAUAAAUCUGUAUGUAACCAGAGAUAACAACUUAGGUUAUUGUUGACCCUAUUUUAAAUAUUGAGAAUACCAGUCUUUUUAUAUCUUUUAGUAUGCUUGUUUGCAUUUUAUGGUGAC